AUGCAUAUAACUACUGCCACCUCCUCAUUGCUCAGGAGAGCCUCUCGUUCUUCUUCUUCAAGUGCUACAAGCAAACGAAUCUUUUCUUCUCUCUCUAGAAAAACCAUUUGUUGUAAUGGUAGUUCUGCUGUUUCUAGUGCUACUUUUCGCAAUUUGAGUUAUCUGAGGUCCGUCCUGCCGCGGUGGAGCCACGGUGUUGACUGGAAUUCUCCAUCCAGCCUCACCGCUCAGAUCAGACACACCUCUGCUGCUACUCCCCUUUUCAAUCGCAAGAUCGCUACCAUGGCAUCCGAGAACGCUUUCCAGAGAAUCCUUACUAGUCUUCCCAAGCCAGGAGGCGGCGAAUUCGGGAAGUUCUAUAGCCUGCCUUCUCUAAAUGACUCCAGGAUUGAUAAGCUUCCCUACUCCAUUCGAAUCCUUCUUGAAUCUGCAAUUCGUAAUUGUGACGGUUUUCAAGUAACAAAGGAAGAUGUUGAAAAGAUUAUAGACUGGGAAAAUACUUCCCCAAAGUCAGUUGAAAUACCCUUCAAGCCUGCUCGUGUACUCCUGCAGGAUUUCACAGGUGUACCAGCGGUGGUUGACCUGGCUUGCAUGCGUGAUGCUAUGAACAAGCUCGGUAGUGAUUCUAGCAAGAUCAAUCCAUUGGUUCCGGUAGAUCUAGUUAUUGAUCACUCAGUCCAAGUUGAUGUUGCUAGGUCGGAAAAUGCUGUCCAAUCAAAUAUGGAGCUUGAAUUCAAGAGAAACAAGGAGAGAUUUGCUUUCCUUAAGUGGGGAUCUAAGGCCUUCCACAAUAUGCUUGUUGUUCCUCCAGGUUCUGGUAUUGUGCAUCAGGUCAAUCUUGAAUAUCUAGGACGGGUUGUUUUCAGUACUGAUGGAAUGCUCUACCCAGAUAGUGUUGUUGGGACAGAUUCUCAUACAACCAUGAUUGAUGGUUUAGGAGUUGCCGGUUGGGGAGUUGGAGGUAUUGAAGCAGAGGCAGCAAUGCUCGGUCAGCCAAUGAGUAUGGUGUUGCCGGGUGUUGUUGGAUUCAAGUUAUCUGGACAAUUGAGAAAUGGUGUCACUGCUACUGACUUGGUUUUAACUGUUACACAAAUGCUAAGGAAGCAUGGUGUUGUUGGAAAAUUUGUUGAAUUUUAUGGUGAUGGUGUGGGUGAAAUAUCAUUAGCUGACAGGGCGACCAUUGCAAACAUGUCCCCUGAGUAUGGUGCUACUAUGGGAUUCUUCCCUGUAGAUCACGUGACUUUACAAUAUCUCAAAUUAACUGGUAGAAGUGAUGACACUGUGUCAAUGAUAGAAGCUUAUCUGCGUGCAAACAAAAUGUUUGUUGACUACAAUGAGCCUGAACAAGAAAAAGCUUACUCAUCUUACUUGCAUCUGGACCUGGAAAAUGUGGAACCAUGUAUUUCAGGGCCAAAGAGACCUCAUGAUCGUGUCCCUUUGAAAGAAAUGAAGGCUGAUUGGCAUUCAUGCCUUGAUAACAAAGUUGGAUUCAAGGGCUUUGCAGUGCCGAAGGAGGCACAAGAAAAAGUGGCCAAGUUUUCAUUCCAUGGACAGCCUGCGGAGCUUAAGCAUGGUAGUGUGGUGAUUGCUGCUAUCACGAGUUGUACAAAUACAUCGAACCCUAGUGUUAUGCUAGGGGCAGGCCUUGUUGCAAAGAAAGCUUCUGAGCUGGGUUUACAGGUGAAACCAUGGAUAAAAACUAGCCUUGCUCCAGGCUCUGGAGUUGUAACAAAAUAUUUACUGCAGAGUGGGCUACAGAAAUACUUAAAUGAGCAAGGCUUCCACAUUGUCGGAUAUGGCUGCACAACGUGCAUAGGAAACUCUGGAGAUUUGGACGAAUCAGUAGCUGUUGCUGUAUCAGAAAAUGACAUUGUUGCAUCUGCUGUGCUAUCUGGGAAUCGGAACUUUGAGGGUCGUGUCCAUCCCCUGACAAGAGCAAACUAUCUUGCUUCUCCUCCUCUAGUGGUUGCAUAUGCACUUGCUGGCACGGUUGACAUUGACUUUGAGAAAGAGCCAAUUGGUGUAGGUAAGGAUGGUAAGGAUGUCUAUUUCAAGGAUAUCUGGCCAUCAACUGAAGAGAUUGCAGAGGCAGUUCAAUCUAGUGUAUUACCUGAUAUGUUCAAGAGCACAUAUGAAGCCAUCACGGAGGGUAAUCCCAUGUGGAAUCAACUAUUGGUGCCCACUUCCAAGUUAUACUCAUGGGACUCAAAUUCUACUUACAUUCAUGAGCCACCUUACUUUAAGAAUAUGACCAUGGAUCCUCCUGGUCCACAUGGAGUGAAAGAUGCGUACUGCCUGCUCAACUUUGGGGAUAGCAUUACAACAGAUCACAUCUCACCAGCCGGAAGCAUCCACAAGGAUAGUCCAGCUGCCAAGUAUCUUAUGGAGAAUGGGGUUGAUCGCAAGGAUUUCAACUCCUAUGGCAGUCGUCGUGGUAAUGAUGAAAUAAUGGCUAGGGGAACUUUCGCAAAUAUCCGUCUUGUGAACAAGUUAUUGAAUGGGGAAGUUGCUCCAAUGACAGUUCACAUUCCCACAGGAGAAAAACUUUAUGUUUUUGAUGCUGCAAUGAGAUACAAAUCUGCCGGACAGGACACUGUUGUCUUGGCUGGUGCAGAGUAUGGAAGCGGAAGCUCCCGAGAUUGGGCUGCCAAGGGGCCAAUGUUGUUGGGAGUUAAAGCAGUGAUUGCCAAAAGCUUUGAAAGGAUCCAUCGUAGUAAUCUUGUGGGGAUGGGCAUUAUUCCUUUAUGUUUCAAGUCUGGUGAGGAUGCAGACACACUAGGAUUGACAGGUCAUGAGCGUUACACCAUUGAUCUUCCUAACAAAAUCUCGGAUAUCCGGCCCGGUCAAGAUGUUACUGUCCAGACUGACAGUGGAAAAUCCUUCACUUGCACUGUCCGUUUUGAUACUGAGGUAGAGUUAGCUUAUUUCAACCACGGUGGUAUACUUCCGUAUGUUAUUCGCCAAUUAACUAACCAAUAA